UUUAAAUGGUAUAUAUAACCAAUGGGCUGCCAACCACUGCACUCAGUUCCCUCUUUCCAAGUUCCCGAACAACAUGGCUAUAACAGUAAUCGUGCUCUUGGCCGUCAUGGCCGUUGCCUCAGCUGACUCUGUCCCAUCCUACCAUGCUCCAGCUCCAUCCUACCAUGCUCCUGCUCCCGCAGGACCAGCUCAGUAUAACUUCAACUACGCCGUGAAGGACGACUACUCAGGAAACGACUUCGGACACGAGGAAGGUCGCAAUGGAUACGACACCCAAGGCAGCUAUUACGUGCAGCUCCCCGACGGUCGACUCCAGAAGGUGGAUUACGUCGUGAAGGGCGACUCCGGUUACUUGGCUCAAGUUAACUACCAGGGCGAGGCUCAGUAUCCCAAGUAUCAGCCUUCUCAGGGAUACCAACCUGCGCCAAAAGUAGGAUACGCUUAAGGACAUUACUGCAUUCCUACGCGGCAUUUGAUACUUAGGAUUUCAUGAUUGAAUUUGUUACCACUGAGAGUGACACGUUUUUAUUUAUUGUGUAUAUAAACGACUUAUGAAUAAAAUAUUGUAAGAGAG